AUGGCGCCCAGAAGUAAAACCGCGAACAUUUCCUUUACAGUCGACUCAGCUUCGGAAGACGAAAUGACGGUCGACGAGCUCAAUGCGCUUCCCACGCCCGAAUCCACCAGCGACAAACCGGCGCGAAAAACGCGUGGAACUGCUGCGCAAACGAAGAAGACGGCUGCUGCGACCAAGGCGACUGCUAAGGGCAAGCCGGCGACGCGUCGGACAAGCGGUACGACUGCGGUAGCCAUGAAGAAGAGCGCGGUGGCAGGCGCAAAGAAGGUAGCCGCAAAGGGCGGUCGCAAAGCACAUGCAGAAGUUGAGGAGGCCAACGCGAGCGAUACGGAGGAGGUAGAAGACUUUGAAGACCCGGAGCCGGUUGCGCAGGCCAAACCAGCUAAGAGAGGCAGGCCAGCGAAGAAGGCGCAAGAAGAUGAGGUCGAAGAGCCAGCACCAGCGCCAGCAAAGAGAGGGCGCAAGGCAGCUGCGAAAGAACCCGCUGAGAAGAAGGAGACGAAAGCGAAGCCUGCGACAAAGUCAAGAGGAACGAAACGCGCGACCGAGCCAGAAACCGAGCCUGAGCCGGUGACAAUCCCCGAGACACAACAAGAGCCAGACGCAGACACAAUGGACAUUGAAGACUCGAUUGAAAUGGGCGAAGAGAUACCUGAAAGCAUGCCUCCACCACAAUCACAGCCCUCCGCCCGACGAGCGCAAGCCCAACCGAACAGUAGAGCGCGCCGAACAUCAGCCUCACGGAAAAGAACAGGAAGCGUGUCAGACUCCGAACGCGACCCAGUGAUGCGACGGAAAGUCGGCGACCUUACCAGGAAGCUAGAUGCUAUGACUGCCAAGUACGAAGCGCUCAAGGAGUCUGCGUCAACAGGCAAGGAAUCGAACUUUGAGCAGCUUAAGAAGCGGACAGAGCAGAUUGCCAAAGACCAAGACGCCGUAAUCAAAUCCCUAAAAACGCAACUCACCGACCUCCAAUCCCGCACCUCGACCCUCACCACCCUGAAGAAAGACCUCGCAGCCUCCACAAAAGAAACCACGCGUCUCACCGUCGAAAACAAGAAACUCGCCGAUGCCCUCGCGACCGCGCAGAAUGAGAGCAAGACUUUGUCGAGCAAACUCGCCGCUGCCCGUUCCUCCUCACAACAGCCCGAGACAAAGAACGUGCCUGGUAGCGCGGUGAAGGCUAGGACAACAGGUGUGGUGUUGCCGGGUACAGCGGAAGCAGCCAAAGAAGCGACGCUCGCGAAGCAAAAGGUGGAUCUGUAUAGCGAUCUGACGAAUUUGGUUGUCCUGGGCGUGAAGAGGAGUGAGGAUGAAGAGGAUGUGUUUGAUUGUUUGCAGACGGGGAGGAAUGGGACUCUCCACUUCCACCUCACAGUCGCCACCUCGGGCUCCUCCUACGAAGAAACAGAGUUCAUCUACCAGCCGCUGCUUAAUGAGCAAAGAGACAGGGAACUAUUGGACUUGCUGCCGGAUUAUCUGACUGAGGAGAUUUGUUUCCCCAGGGCGCAGGCGGCGAAGUUUUAUUGCAAGGUUGUGGAUAGUAUGAGUAAGAAGAUUGUGCUUGAGGAGGAUGGGGAGUAA